GCCCCGCCCUCACAGGGAGCGCUCCCAUUGGGCGCGCGGCGCGGGGCCGACGGCCCCGGAAGUGGGGUUGAGGCGAGCGGUCCCGGCCCCGCAGCGCCCCGCCCCGCCCCGCAUGGCGCCGGCUCGCACCGCUCGGGGCUGGCCCCGCGCCCUCCUGGGCCGCGCCCUGCCCGCCCGGCCCUACAGCGGCGCCGCCGGCGGGGGGAGCCCGGCGCGGCCCGCGGGGCUGUACGAGCUGCUGGGGCUGCCGGCCAGCGCCACGCAGGCGCAGAUCAAGGCGGCCUAUUACGAGCAGAGCUUCCGCUGGCACCCGGACCGCAACGCGGGCAGCAAGGAGGCGGCCGCGCGCUUCACGGCGCUGCACCAGGCCUACGCCGUGCUGGGCAGCGCCGCCCUGCGCCGCCGGUACGACCGGGGCGUGCUGAGCCGCGAGGAGCUGAGCGCGGCCGCCCGGCCCUCGGGCCGCCCGCCCGCCCAGCGCAGCGCGCCCGCCCGCCGACCCCCUUCCGCCGCGCCCGUCUUCGACUUCGACGCCUUCUACCGGGCGCACUACGGCGAGCAGCUGGAGCGGCAGCAGCAGCUCCUCCGCGCGCUGCGCGAGCAGCGCAGGCGGCAGCAGGAGGCGGCGGCCAGGAGCUGGCAGCUGGGCUGGCUGGCGGAGUUCUCGGUCGCCGCGCUCGUGUUCUCCGCCAUGGUGCUGCUGGUCGGCAUGAAGUGAAGGCCGGAGCCCCCCGCCGCGCCGCGCCGCGCCCGCCCCCGGACUUGGCCCAAGGCUUUGGUUGUGCCGAUGGACAGGCCCGCAUGGGGAAGGGUCGCUGCGGAGAUCUCGACGGUUCGGGCCCUACCGGGCCUUGUGCUUUUGCAAGGACACCUUAGGGGAGCUGAAAUGCCAUUAAAAUAUCUUCACAAAUCGGUUUGAGACCCCAAUUCCUUCACUGCACGUAGAGACCAAUGUAAUUACCCUUCCAAAUCAGAAGUCUCCUCUGGCACUUGCCUGCUAAGAGCAGCGUUCAGGGAGCUGCCCUUCACCUGCCAGCGUUGGAGAUGUUUCUGCCACUCACUGCGGGGGAAAGAGCGCAGCUUUCUGCUGGGUUUUACAUGUUAAUAGAAUUCUCUUCCCUGAACUGUAGUCCUAAUGGGUAUAAAAUGCAUUUCAGUUCACCUUUUAGGCUCAAAUCCUGCAGUCUCAUCCAAACGGAGUCCUCUGGACCUGCCCACUUCAGGUAUGUCUACACUUAAAAUGCUGAAGUGACGCAGCUGUGCCAUUUUAGCACUUCAGUGUAGAUACACUACGUACACUGACAGGAGGGAUUCUCCCAUCGGUGUAGGUAAUCUGCUUCCCUGAGAGGCAUUAGCUAGGCUGAUGAAAUAAUUCUUGUCAACCUAGCGCUGCCUACGCCGGGGUUAAAUUGGUAUAACUGUGUCUCAGGGGUGUGGAGUUUUCACAGCCCUGAGAGGUAGCUCUACUGAUGUAAAUUCCUAGUGGAGAGCAGGCCUAAAGUCAGAUUGUAGGGUGAGCCUAACUAGGCAAAGACUGGGUCCUCCCUAUUUUUUUGCACUUUAUGAAUGAGUAGAUUGUAUCCUCACUGGUGCUGAAGAGUAGUUUGAUAUGGGUCUUGAGUUAUCAAGAACUGAGAGAUGCUGUCUCCACAAUGUAUAGGUAGCUGGAUGCUCUUACCACCUUUCUGAUGUACUGUAUUUCAGGGCUGUCACUCAGCUGGGCUUGCUGCCUUUGUUAUUAUCUCCCCUGUGCCUCUUGGAGACCUGCCUGACUUCUAGUACACUUGGUACCAAAGGUUUUUGGGUUCAUUAGAACAGCUCAGGAUGGUGGUAGCAAAUAUUCUGUCUUGCGGUGUGAGGCCACCUGCCUGGGUCUACAGGUAGAGAAGGGUUCUUGUCUCCCCACUUUUUAGGGUCUUCCAUAAACACUGCUCAAUGUUUAAGCUGUGGGGAGCCUGCCCUGUCGUGCUGAUGUACUUGGCUCCAGCCUAUCUUCCCAGAGAGCUUCAUAACUUGGAAGUGUGGCAUUCUGGGUACUGAACUGCGUUGUGUCCUGAUCCGUGUGUCCUGUGUGUAAGAGGUGUUCAGACAAAUAGGGCUAUGAUAUUUAUAUGUAAUGAAAUGCUGAGGUGACAGAGAAUGUUGCAGUGGAAGCCACCUUCUUUCCUCUGCAGGUGAGGGUUUUACUUGUUUCACUUGGACUUUGCCACGCAGUAUGGAGUGAACGAAACCCGUAGCUGUUGGAGAGCCAAGGAUUUCACUUUCGUACUUUCUCAUUUGCAUUGGAUCCACUGUUCUUGGCUCAUAGCCUUGAGCACUGAAUCCCAGCACUCUGCCUCUCACUGCAGGAAAUUUUUAUUUUCCUGUAAAUAGGGAAUUGCAUAGAACAGAUCCAUGAAACAACCAUAGAAUCCAGAGAUGCCUUCUGUAUGAUCAGAGGAACACUUGCCCUGUGGGUGAGGGUUCUGCCGCAAGGAGUGUUGUGAGGUAAAAGGACUACUUUGCUUGUCCCUCUCUUAUUUGGUAUUAGGCACUGAGUCUAAUCACCCUGUCUGGCUGGGGGGGCGGGGGUUCUAGCUCCCAGCAUUGCCAUUUUAUAAGGAGGUGCUAGGAGUCUGGGAGAGAGGCCUGGAUUAGAUUCCAUGGAGUGAGAGAGGUUUGGAGUGCUGGGACUUCCAGUCCUACUUCUAUUAAUGCUCCUUCUCAACUGAGGGUUCUCUAGCUGCAUUUGGUCUGCAGUGUGGAUUUGACACUGUUGUAUUUCAGGCCAAGUCUGAUUAGGAUUUGGCCUUCGAAUUUGACAACUCUCCCAGUCAUAGCAUCUGGAAGAGGCCAAGUCACGUGGAAAUGUGAUGGAGAAGUAGGUUGGAGAAACUGCUCCUCCCUCUGAUCCCCAGUGCAAAGGUUUAUGGGCUCCUCAUGCAGUCCUGCUCAGGGCCCUUUGAGUUGGCAAUUCUUUUAUGUCUCCGGAAUGCUCAGUAUGGAGAUCUUGGGUCUUCCCCUGCACACAGACUCCAUGCACUGUUGUGAGUUCUGCUGCUGGGUUGUGCCAUGGCUUGGUACGGUGCAGUGAGGAUCUUCCACACUGGUGCCUGGGAGGAUCCUGCAAAGAACAUUUUUGUUCCUAAUUCAUUUAAUGUUACCAUCUUCAAUUGGAGUAGGAAUAAACCUGCACAACUAUGCCAGACUUGUGCACUGCUCCUGGCACACUUAGGGUGGAAGAGGGGCCAGGUUAUUCCACCGAAGUAGGCACCUCUGUGAAUUGCAUGUACGCUUGGUGGAUGGCUGAGUCUGAGUCAGAGGUGGAAUAUACUGAGACACAUCACUGUAUUAACCCAUGUGCUCUAAGAAUAUGCCUUGAAUGAGGACUUGUAAAAGGAAAAUGCAGCUGUUGCCACGAAUAUUAAAGUUGGACAUAUCGUGUGCAGAUGAAAGCCUGUGUCUCUUCCUUUGGCACAGUGAGACAGCCCCUGCCCUGAAGAGUUACAGUUAAAGAAAAGGGAAAUUGUGGGGACAGGCAAAGCAGAUUUGUUAUGAACAGACAAUGUAAGAGUCAUUUAGCCCAGCUGGCCAUCAUUAACUGGCUGAUUGCUUAUAGGUGUCCCAGCAGAGAAAGGUCUGCAGGAGGGGUUUGAAGAAGUGUUUUCAUGGAUUAGAUUCCUGAAUAAGGGGUAAGAUGGAGAAAGGCAACAUGGAGAUGAUUGUGGGAGAAGCUAGCAAGCUGGUGUUGGUGGAAGGGGGGUGUAAUAGCAGAGGACAAGUUGGACAGUGCAGAGUUGUGGAGAGACUUGAAGGCAAGGGUAAAUGCUAUAAGGAGAGGGCCUAGCAAAGCCUGCAGUAAGCAUGCUCUGUUUCGAGGACAGAGGGACAGAGAUUUCCCCUGCUGUAUUUGGGGCUUCACUGGGUUCUCCCUGCCAUUAAAAGCUUCCACUAGUAUGUGUCCUGGUGCUCUCACCAGCUGGUGGAACUGGUAGCAGUGCUGUCAAUCUGAGCCCCAGCAAGAAAGUGCUGUGCUCACUAAACUGGUCCUAGCAGCUUUCUGUCCCCAUUGCUUCACGUCACUGUCCCCAGGGAAAGGUGCAACCUGUUUGCAGUUCAUAGAUUCGAAGGCCCCAAAAGACUAUUGUGCCAGUCUGACCUCCUGUGCCAGAGAACUUCCCCCAAAUCACUCCUAGAUCAGAGCUUUUAGAAAAACAUCCAGUCACAAUUUAAAAAUCACCAAUGAGGGAGAAUCUGCCAUGAUCCUGGGUAAAUUGUUCCAAUAGUUAAUUACCCUCACUGUUAAAAAUGUACACCUUGUAUUCAGUCUGAAUUAGCCAUGUUUCCACUUCCAGCCAUUGGAUAUCACUCUAAGGCAGGUUUUCUAAUCCUUUGAUCAUUCUUGUGGCUCUUCUCUGAACCUUCUCCAGUUUACCAACAUCUUUGAUUUCUGGCUACCAGAACUGGACACAGUUUUCCAGCAGGGGGUUGCACCUGUGCCAAAUACAGAAGUAAAAUAACCUCCCUACGACUCCUCAAGAUUCCCUGUUUACUCAUCUUGGGAUCCCAUUAGCUCCUUUGGGUCAGAGUCAUUGCAUCCCAGGAUAGAGCCCCCCAUCAUGUAAAUCUGGCCUAUAUUCUUUGUUCCUAUAUAUGUAUGUUUACAUUUAGCUGUAUUAAAAUGCAUAGUUUGCUUGCAUCUGGCUUACCAAAUGAUCCAGAUGGCUCUGAAUCGGUGACCUGUACUCGUCAUUAUUUACCAUGCCCCUAAUUUGUGUCAUCUGAUGAGUUUAUCAGUGGUAAGUUUGUUUUCUUCUAGGUCAUUGAUAAAAAUGUUAAAUAGCACAGCCCAAGAACUAACCAUUGUGGGAUCCCAUUAGAAAA